CUCAGGUCUUUAGUUUACUAGUGGCAAUUUGACUUGCUCUGCUGCAUGUCUGGAGGGAUCGAGGAAAGUGUGGAGAAGCCCCGGGGGUUGAGGGAGCGCAGCUUGAAAAGAAGAAAAGGCAAACAAACAAACAAGACGCACCCACCCUAACAGACAUGAGGCUGCUGGAGAGAAUGAGGAAAGAAUGGUUCAUGGUUGGAAUAGUGGUGGCCAUCGUCGGGGCCAAGCUGGAGCCGUCCUUCGGCGUGAACGGGGGGCCACUGAAGCCAGAAAUAACUGUGUCCUACAUUGCUGUUGCAACAAUAUUCUUUAACAGUGGACUAUCAUUAAAAACAGAGGAGCUGACCAGUGCUUUGGUGCAUCUAAAACUGCACCUUUUUAUUCAGAUCUUUACACUUGCAUUCUUCCCAGCAACGAUAUGGCUCUUUCUUCAGCUAUUAUCAAUCACGUCCAUCAAUGAGUGGCUUUUAAAAGGUUUGCAGACCGUAGGUUGCAUGCCUCCCCCUGUGUCUUCUGCAGUGAUUUUAACCAAGGCAGUUGGUGGAAAUGAGGUGAGUCAUGGUGCUAAAACUGAUUUAAAUGUAAGUUCACGCUGUGCGGUUAUUUUGCUCAAAACUGUUGUGAACACAAAGGAGUCACAUUGUGGAAAGCUCAUAGCCCUAGUGACUUAUGAAAGAACUGGUUGUGAUCAUGUAUUAGGAUGAUGCGCAAAUUGAUGCUGAUGAAUGGAAUUUAGGGCUCCAAAGAGAAAA